AUGGCUUUGGAUCUAGUUGCCGCUCAUGCUGCCAGCAACCUGGAUAUGGGCACAAACAUUUUUGUCGCCCGUGACCUCUUCAGCAGUGCCAACGUCAACACCCUUGAGGCGAGACAAGACUCGGGCAACGACACAGUGACCAUCUUCAUUGACUCGCCAGAACCUGAAAAAUACGAGUACGCUGCGUCUGUUGUUUACGCCUGCCCUGUCGAGACUGUCUACGCGCUUAGAUGUACCGCUGGCGGCCCUGACAGCGUCUGUGGUCCCGGCUUACCGCCUGUCACCGUUACAGAGAACGCGAGCGAGUACAAGGUCUCAAGUGCCGUCACGACCAAGACACAGGGUGUCGAGGUUAAGGCGACUGUCAUCGAGAGCUGCAAUCUAGACGGCACAACAGCUGCCACCUGCACUGCGACGGUUGGAGGCUCGGCUCAGGGCCAGUCGACCACGACCUCGGCCACCGUCACCUACACUGAUGCCUCCUCAUACUAUCUGCAAGUACAAAUCACGGGCGGUAACGAGAAGUUAGCCAACCCUACCGGCAAAUGCCAGAGCGGCGCAGCUAGUCUCAACACCCGGGCCGUCGCCUUCUGGGGCAUCCUCGGUGCUGUCGGCGCCGUCGGUGCUCUUGCUCUCUAA